AUGACUAGACAUCAUCAAAAUCACAGGGUUGAAAAAUUUCGAUCUUUUGACAUAUCUGACAACAUAACUGUAGUACAGUGCCCGUUUAGUUUUUGUGCCAAAAUUUCACAAAAUUUGAAAGACUUCCUGCAGCAUCUAAAAGCUCACAUAGUGCAAGGUAAUGAAGUGCUGUACCCUUUUGAAGGAUGUAGUUUAACAUUUAGGGUGAAAUCGUCGUUUUCCUCUCAUCUAACUCGAAACCAUAAAGCUUGCUCAAACAGACGAGUGCACUCUGACUUACUUAUACAUGAAAGUGAACCUGAUACUCAUAACCAAAAUUUUAACCAAGAAAUUGACAUAGAUGAGGUAACACUUAACAAUCUUCAUAUUGACAAUAGUGAACAGGAAAAUGAAGUUGAAGAAAAUUUGAGUGAGCUGUUACUAAAAAAUUUGGCUCUUUUUUAUUUAAAACUGACUGCCAAGCACCAUAUGCCUGCCACGACUGUCCAAAUGGUGAUUUGUGAAAUUCAAGCCAUGCAUGGUUUAUCCCGAAAUUGCAUGAAACAGCAUAUUGAGAAAAAAAUGAAAGAAAAAUUAAUUUCUGACACUGACAUAAAUGACAUAACAGAGGAAUUUUCAGCAAACGAUAUCUUUGAUACAGUUCAUGCUGACAAAGGACCACUAAGUACUGAAUAUAGAAGAAAACAAUUUUAUAAGGAAAACUUCAGUUAUGUUAACCCCAUAGCAAUAUGCCUAGGACAUGAUAAAGAUAAUAUUAAACGACAUUUUGAGUAUGUCCCUGUCAUUGAAACAAUUGAAAAUCUUUUGAAGGACUCCAGUGUUAAAGAACAAUUUCAAAACCCACUUCCAUCCCAAGAAGGCGUUUUAAGGGAUUUUAUGGAUGGGUGUGUAGCAAAACAAAAUCUUCUUUUCAUUGAGCUACCUAAUGCCAUUAAGAUAAUUCUCUACCAAGAUUCCUUUGAAGUUGUGAACCCUUUGGGGAGUGCAAAAAAGAAACACAAAAUUUUAGGAGUUUACCUUACUUUGGGCAACAUUUAUCCCCAAAACCGUUCCAAAAUUGAUCAAAUGCAACUUGUUUUGCUUAUCAGAGAAGUUGAUUUUAAGUACUUUGGGCAGGAAGCUGUGUUCCGUGUGCUAGUUAAAGACCUUAAGAAAAUUGAGGAGACAGGUGUGCAUUUUGAGAAUGAAUAUGUCCGUGGAACAGUUGCCAUGUUCCUCGGUGACAAUUUGGGUAGCCACUGCAUUGCUGGUUUUGUAGAAAAUUUCAGUUCAUGUGUAUAUAUAUGUCGAUUUUGCUUAAUGGAAUUAGAGGCAUUUAUUUCUGGUAACAUUUAUAAUAUCUAUCCUCAACGAUCACCAGAAAAUUACAAAGAGGACUUAGCAGAGCUUGAGAAAAAUCCAGUCCUAAAUAAUUACCAUGAUGGAAUAAAAUUUGACUCAAUUUUUAAUGAACUUGAAUAUUACCAUGUGUGUAGCCCAGGCUUACCCCCUUGCCUUGGCCAUGAUCUUUUUGAGGGUGUUGUCCAUUAUGACCUGGCCCUUUUCAUAAAGUACAUGGUAAAAGAUAAGAAGUUCUUCACAUAUCCAUAUAUCAAUCAAAGAAUAGCUACGUUUAAGUAG